AUGGUUAUGCCACCGCCAGGAUGUACCGCUGACUGUAAAAUACAAAUCAUCGUUACCCUAACCGGCAGCCUUAUUACCGAGACGGUAUUUGGCCCAACGCCCGGCACGAAGAUCCCCGGCGUUCUGACCGAGGUAACAUCUGGACUGGUGCCAGGGACGAGUACAAUAUUGCCCCCAGCUGGAUGUAUAGGCAGCUGCCCUACGAGAGUCAUCGUUACCGUCGUGGUCGAGUCGACGUUUGGACCGACGCCUGGUACGAGUACCGUUUUACCGCCGCCCGAAUGCACGGUCGAUUGCACCAUCAGAAUUAUCGUAACGGGCACGGGAGGAUACACGACCGAAUUGACGGACGGACCGGUACCAGGCACAAGCACCAUUCCGCCGCCGCCUGGCUGCAAAGGAAACUGCCCUACAAGAAUCAUUAUAACUGUCGGCCCUUCAGGCGGUACAACUACCGAAUCUACAUACGGGCCGACGGCUGGAACAAGCACGAUCCCGCCUACGCCUGGAUGUGUCGGCUAUUGUCCCACGAGGGUUAUUAUCACUAUUUUAACCCCAGUUACUGGCGGAUACAGCACCGUUUCGACGUUUGGGCCAAUUGCAGGCACCAGCACUGUUACGCUGCCUGUUGGCUGCACAGUCAAUUGCUUUACACAAAUCAUCAUCACUGAGGCUACUACAGACGUAGUUACACAGUCAACCCAAGGACUAACGGCUGGAACAAGCACUAUCUUGCCUCCGUCGGGAUGUAUUGGCAACUGCCCAGCAACCAUUAUCAUUACGGAUGUCACUACUGGUCGACCUAGAACUAUUACGACCUUUGGCCCUACUGCUGGCACAAGCAAAAUUGACCCGCCGGUGGGAUGCACGGCCAACUGCUUUACGCAAAUCAUUAUUACCAUUACCGUUACUGAUAGAUUCAGCACCUCUAUUACUGUUGGGCCGACUGCUGGAACAAGUACAAUCCUACCGCCAGUUGGAUGUACUGCAAACUGCUAUACGCAAAUCAUUAUUACUAUUACUGGUGGAGUCUUGACGCAGACGACCUAUGGACCAACUCAAGGCACAAGCACGAUUCUACCACCGGCCGGAUGUACCUCGAACUGUGUUACUACCAUUAUUGUCACUGCCACUGCAGGGUUGACUACAUCUACAACAUUUGGCCCAACUCUGGGUACCAGUACGAUCCCGCCUCCCCUAGGUUGCACAGUCAACUGCUUAACACAAAUUAUUAUUACGCUUACCGGAGGCAUUGUUACGUCUACUGCGUUUGGCCCAACGGCCGGCACUAGCACAAUCCCGCCGCCGCCAGGAUGUACGGUCAAUUGUGUUACAACAAUCAUUGUUACUACUACUGGCGGUUUCACUACUUCCACCACCUUCGGAACAACACCUGGCACGAGCACGAUCCCGCCUCCCGUAGGGUGCACAACUAACUGCGUAACCCAGAUUAUUGUUACCCUUACAGGAGGCCUUAUUACGACCACUACAUUUGGACCGACAGCUGGUACCAGCAUAUUUCCACCUCCACCUGGAUGCACGGUCAACUGUAUUACUACAAUUGUUGUUACUACUACCGGUGGCUUAACUACGUCUAUUACCUUUGGACCAACAGCUGGUACCAGCACAAUCCCGCCCCCUGUGGGUUGUACAGUGGACUGCUUUACACGAAUUAUUGUUACUCUUACUGGAGGCAUUGCUACGACUACUACCUUUGGACCAACGGCUGGAACAAGCACAAUCCCACCGCAUCCUGGCUGCACGAUUAACUGUAUAACUACAAUUAUUGUUACGGCUACGGGUAAUAUUACUACAAAAACGACAGUUGGCCCAACGCCUGGUACGAGCACGAUCCCACCUCCUCCUGGAUUUAUAUCUACUACCUUUGGACCAACGGCGGGUACUACUACUGUCUUACCACCCGUUGGCUGUACGGUCAACUGUAUUACGAGUAUUAUUGUUACCGAUACUGGUAGUAUUACUACAACAACAACAUUUGGCCCAACAGCUGUUACUACUACAGGCGGACUGGUUACGUCUACCACCUUUGGACCAACGGCUGGUACUACUACUGUCAUGCCACCCGUUGGCUGUACGGUUAACUGUGUUACGAGUAUUAUUGUUACCGCUACUGGUAGUAUUGCUACAACAACAACAAUUGGCCCAACAGCUGGCACUAGUACGAUCCCACCACCUCCUGGAUGUACAGUUAGCUGUAUUACUACUAUUGUCGUUACUACUACCGGUGGACUGGUUACAUCUACUACCUUUGGACCAACAGCUGGUACUACCACGGUCUUGCCGCCUAUUGGCUGUACGGUCAACUGUAUUACGAGUAUUAUUGUUACCGCUACUGGUGGUAUUACCACAAUAACAACGUUUGGCCCAACGUCUGGUACGAGCACGAUACUACCUCCUCCUGGAUGCACAGUUAGCUGUACUACUACUAUUGUGGUUACUACUACAGGCGGACUGGUUACAUCUACUACCUUUGGACCAACGGCUGGUACUACUACUCUCUUACCACCCGUUGGCUGUACAGUCAAUUGUAUUACGAGUAUUAUUAUUACCGCUACUGGUUAUAUUACUACAUCAAUAAUGUUUGGCCCGACGGCUGGUACUAGUACGCUCUUACCUCCUCCUGGAUGUACCAUUAGCUGUAUUACUACUAUUGUUAUUACUACUACAGGCGGACUGGUUACAUCUACUACCUUUGGACCGACGGCUGGUACUACUACUAUCUUCCCGCUCGUUGGCUGUACGGUCAACUGUGUUACGAGUAUUAUUAUUACCGCUACUGGUGGUAUUACUACUACAACAACGUUUGGCCUGACGGAUGGCACCAGUACGAUAUCACCUCCUCCUGGAUGUACAGUUAGCUGUAUUACUACUAUUGUCGCUACUACUACAGGUGGACUGUUUACAUCUACUACCUUUGGACCAACGGCUGGUACUACCACUGUAUUGCCACCCGUUGGCUGUACGGUUAACUGUAUUACGAGCAUUAUUGUUACUGCUACCGGUAGUGUUACCAAAAGAACAACGUUUGGCCCGACCGCUGGUACCAGUACGAUCCUACCUCCUCCUGGAUGCAUAGUUAGCUGUAUUACUACUAUUGUCAUUACUACUACGGGCGGACUGGUUACGUCCACUACCUUUGGACCUACGGCUGGUACCGAUACUGUCUUGCCACCCGUUGGCUUUACGUCUACUACCUUUGGACCAACGGCUGGCGGACUGGUUACGUCUACCACCUUUGGACCAACGGCUGGUACUUCUACUGUCUUGCCACCCGUUGGCUGUACGGUCAACUGUAUUACGAGUAUUAUUGUUACCGCUACUGGUAGUGUUACUACAAGAACAACGUUUGGCCCAACAGCUGGCACUAGUACGAUCUCACCUCCUCCUGGAUGUACAGUUAGUUGUAUUACUACUAUUAUUGUUACUGCUACAGGCGGACUGGUUACGUCUACCACCUUUGGACCAACGGCUGGUACUUCUACUGUCUUGCCAACCGUUGGCUGUACGGAUAACUGUAUUACGAGUAUUAUUGUUACCGAUACUGGUAGUAUUACUACAACAACAACGUUUGGCCCAACAGCUGGUACUAGUACGAUCCCACCUCCUCCUGGAUGUACAGUUAGUUGUAUUACUACUAUUAUUGUUACUGCUACAGGCGGACUGGUUACGUCUACCACCUUUGGACCAACGGCUGGUACUACUACUGUCUUGCCACCCGUUGGCUGUACGGAUAACUGUAUUACGAGUAUUAUUGUUACCGAUACUGGUAGUAUUACUACAACAACAACGUUUGGCCCAACAGCUGGUACUAGUACGAUCUCACCUCCUCCUGGAUUUACAUCUACUACCUUUGGACCAACGGCUGGUACUACUACUGUCUUGCCACCCGUUGGCUGUACGGAUAACUGUAUUACGAGUAUUAUUGUUACCGCUACUGGUAGUGUUACUACAAGAACAACGUUUGGCCCAACAGCUGGCACCAGUACGAUCUCACCUCCUCCUGGAUUUACAUCUACUACCUUUGGACCAACGGCUGGUACUACUACUGUCUUGCCACCCGUUGGCUGUACGGUUAACUGUAUUACGAGUAUUAUUGUUACCGAUACUGGUAGUAUUACUACAACAACAACGUUUGGCCCAACAGCUGGUACUAGUACGAUCUCACCUCCUCCUGGAUUUACAUCUACUACCUUUGGACCAACGGCUGGUACUACUACUGUCUUACCACCCGUUGGCUGUACGGAUAACUGUAUUACGAGUAUUAUUGUUACCGCUACCGGUAGUGUUACUACAAGAACAACGUUUGGCCCAACAGCUGGCACCAGCGGACUGGUUACGUCUACCACCUUUGGACCAACGGCUGGUACUUCUACUGUCUUGCCACCCGUUGGCUGUACGGAUAACUGUAUUACGAGUAUUAUUGUUACCGCUACUGGUAGUGUUACUACAAGAACAACGUUUGGCCCAACAGCUGGCACCAGUACGAUCUCACCUCCUCCUGGAUGUACAGUUAGUUGUAUUACUACUAUUAUUGUUACUGCUACAGGCGGACUGGUUACGUCUACCACCAUUGGACCAACGGCGGGUACUACUACUGUCUUGCCACCCGUUGGCUGUACGGUCAACUGUAUUACGAGUAUUAUUGUUACCGAUACUGGUAGUAUUACUACAACAACAACGUUUGGCCCAACAGCUGGUACUAGUACGAUCCCACCUCCUCCUGGAUGUACAGUUAGUUGUAUUACUACUAUUAUUGUUACUGCUACAGGCGGACUGGUUACGUCUACCACCAUUGGACCAACGGCUGGUACUACUACUGUCUUGCCACCCGUUGGCUGUACGGAUAACUGUAUUACGAGUAUUAUUGUUACCGCUACUGGUAGUGUUACUACAAGAACAACGUUUGGCCCAACAUCUGGCACCAGCGGACUGGUUACGUCUACCACCUUUGGACCAACGGCUGGUACUACUACUGUCUUGCCACCCGUUGGCUGUACGGAUAACUGUAUUACGAGUAUUAUUGUUACCGCUACUGGUAGUGUUACUAUAAGAACAACUUUUGGCCCAACAGCUGGCACCAGCGGACUGGUUACGUCUACCACCUUUGGACCAACGGCUGGUACUACUACUGUCUUGCCACCCGUUGGCUGUACGGUCAACUGUAUUACGAGUAUUAUUGUUACCGCUACUGGUAGUGUUACUACAAGAACAACGUUUGGCCCAACAGCUGGUACCAGUACGAUCUCACCUCCUCCUGGAUGUACUGUUAGUUGUAUUACUACUAUUAUUGUUACUGCUACAGGCGGACUGGUUACGUCUACCACCAUUGGACCAACAGCGGGUACUACUACUGUCUUGCCACCCGUUGGCUGUAUGGUCAACUGUAUUACGAGUAUUAUUGUUACCGAUACUGGUAGUAUUACUACGACAACAACGUUUGGCCCAACAGCUGGUACUAGUACGAUCCCACCUCCUCCUGGAUGUACAGUUAGCUGUAUUACUACUAUUAUUGUUACUGCUACAGGCGGACUGGUUACGUCUACUACCUUUGGACCAACGGCUGGUACUUCUACUGUCUUGCCACCCGUUGGCUGUACGGAUAACUGUAUUACGAGUAUUAUUGUUACCGCUACUGGUAGUGUUACUACAAGAACAACGUUUGGCCCAACAGCUGGCACCAGUACGAUCUCACCUCCUCCUAGAUGUACAGUUAGUUGUAUUACUACUAUUAUUGUUACUGCUACAGGCGGACUGGUUACGUCUACCACCUUUGGACCAACGGCUGGUACUUCUACUGUCUUGCCAACCGUUGGCUGUACGGUCAACUGUAUUACGAGUAUUAUUGUUACCGCUACUGGUAGUGUUACUACAAGAACAACGUUUGGCCCAACAGCUGGCACCAGUACGAUCUCACCUCCUCCUGGAUGUACAGUUAGUUGUAUUACUACUAUUAUUGUUACUGCUACAGGUGGACUGGUUACGUCUACCACCUUUGGACCAACGGCGGGUACUACUACUGUCUUGCCACCCGUUGGCUGUACGGUCAACUGUAUUACGAGUAUUAUUGUUACCGAUACUGGUAGUAUUACUACGACAACAACGUUUGGCCCAACAGCUGGUACUAGUACGAUCCCACCUCCUCCUGGAUGUACAGUUAGCUGUAUUACUACUAUUAUCAUGACUACUACCGGUGGACUAGUUACAUCUACUACCUUUGGACCAACGGCUGGUACUACUACUGUCUUACCACCCGUUGGCUGUACGGAUAACUGUAUUACGAGUAUUAUUGUUACCGCUACUGGUAGUGUUACUACAAGAACAACGUUUGGCCCAACAGCUGGCACCAGUACGAUCUCACCUCCUCCUGGAUGUACAGUUAGUUGUAUUACUACUAUUAUUGUUACUGCUACAGGCGGACUGGUUACGUCUACCACCUUUGGACCAACGGCUGGUACUACUACUGUCUUGCCACCCGUUGGCUGUACGGUUAACUGUAUUACGAGUAUUAUUGUUACCGAUACUGGUAGUAUUACUACAACAACAACGUUUGGCCCAACAGCUGGUACUAGUACGAUCCCACCUCCUCCUGGAUGUACAGUUAGCUGUAUUACUACUAUUAUUGUUACUGCUACAGGCGGACUGGUUACGUCUACCACCAUUGGACCAACGGCUGGUACUACUACUGUCUUGCCACCCGUUGGCUGUACGGUCAACUGUAUUACGAGUAUUAUUGUUACCGCUACUGGUAGUAUUACUACAACAACAACGUUUGGCCUAACAGCUGGUACUAGUACGAUCCCACCUCCUCCUGGAUGUACAGUUAGUUGUAUUACUACUAUUAUUGUUACUGCUACUGGAGGACUGGUUACGUCUACCACCUUUGGACCAACGGCUGGUACUACUACUGUCUUGCCACCCGUUGGCUGUACGGAUAACUGUAUUACGAGUAUUAUUGUUACCGCUACUGGUAGUGUUACUACAAGAACAACGUUUGGCCCAACAGCUGGCACCAGUACGAUCUCACCUCCUCCUGGAUGUACAUACGAUUCCGCCGCCGGCUGGCUGUACUGUCAACUGUAUUACGAGCAUUAUUAUUACAGCUACUGGUGGUAUUACGACAAUAACAAUGUUUGGCCCGACAGCUGGCACCAGCACGAUCGCACCUACUCCUGGAUGUACAGUUAG